AUGCGGUGUCCGCCCACGGCCUGUCUGGAGACGUCCUUCAACCCCGCCUCGAACGGCUCCCUGACGAUCCGGACCACGUCCCACCCCGUAAUGAACUUCGCUAUCUCCAUUUGUGGGACGACGUUGCCUGGAAAAGAUGCUAUUGGAGUUAGAGGGCACCAGAGUACGGUUACGAGCUCCCCGGCGCAAUCCCAGUCCGCGGCGGCUGCUGCAGAGGACGUCCGUGUCAUCGAGCAUUUCGUCGCCAACAAAGCUGUCAGCAAGGCCCUUGCGCGGGCGCACGCGCCCAUGCGUUUUGCCCAAGGCGACGACGUCCCGAGGCGCCUGCAGGACAUGUUUCCCAGGCCAGCUCGACCGCUGCUUCCGCAGCCGGCCCAUGAGGAGGUCCCGGCGGAGUUGCGAGAAGAGCUCGUAACGCAUAUUGCGGCGGCUGUCACGGCACUCCCGUCGAUGUGCGGCGCCGGGCCCAACGGGUCUUUCUCCGAGCACCUCAAGAUCCACGCAUUCAUCCAGGGUGGCCUGCAGGUCCUGGCCGGCGUCCUCGCAGAGUUGCAGACCAGCGAGACCCCAGUCGAGGCGGCCCGCGCCUCCAGGAGCGCCCGCUGCCACUCCCCUCUCAAGCCGGACCCUGACGUCGACAUUCGCCCGUUGGUGUCCCCGUCCGGCCAUUGGCGCGCUGCGCUCCGAGGGUGGGGCAACAUGUUCUCCGAGGCGGUUCGUAAAGCACUGGGCGAAUCUCAAUGCGGCGUCGCCCGGCCAGGUGGCCCCGUGGCGCGCCAGCAUUUUGUCGAGGCGCAUUCGUUCUCUGACCCUGAGCUCGCCCUCGCAGCCCUCGAUGUGGCGAACAUGCACGGCAGCAUGUGUCUGGGCAAUAUCGAGUCCGAGGUCCGACACCGAGUCCCUCGCACGUGGCCGCUGGUCUCUCGCUGGCUCCGCCUCGAACGGCGCCACGCGUUCAAGAAUCCAGCUGGCGCCCUCCACGAGAUCAUCGCCGCGAUUGGGGUCGACCAGGGCUGCCCGCUCCUGUAUCAGUUCCUCACCGCCCCGGACAACCCAGCGUACCUGUCCAGGUUGCGAAGCACCGUGAGCGCUGCCGUGCCUGGGAGAGCGGCCUCAGGGUCCUCGAGGUCGGCAUCGGCGCCGCGGACCACAUCGGCUUCUACCCGGCCGGCACCCGGCUGGUGGGCUUCGACGCCCGGCUGCCUCCCCCCGAGCAGCGGCUCGGCACCGAGGCCCGGGCCCGGGAGCUCGGCAUCAAGCUCCGGUGCUCAUGCCGCCUCUUGUUCUUCUGGCCCGGCGGCUACCGUUCAGGGAUGCCACCUUUGA